GCCCUGGCCCGCGGGGCAGAAUCUUCCGCUGAGCCGCGGCCCCUCGGAAUCAGCCCCGCAGACCGAGCGCGCCACCGCGUGACCUGCAGCCACAUGACCCGCGCGGGGCGGGGCUGCCGGCGCAGUCGCUGCAGCCGCCGCGGGAGGCAUCGGCGACACGAUGAAGCUCAUCAUCCUGGACCACUAUUCUCAGGCCAGUGAGUGGGCGGCCAAAUACAUCAGGAACCGCAUCAUCCAGUUUAACCCAGGGCCAGACAAGUACUUCACCCUGGGGCUCCCUACUGGGAGCACCCCACUUGGCUGCUACAAGAAACUGAUUGAAUACUAUAAGAAUGGAGACCUGUCCUUCAAGUAUGUGAAGACUUUCAACAUGGAUGAGUAUGUGGGCCUUCCUCGAGACCACCCAGAGAGCUACCACUCCUUCAUGUGGAACAACUUCUUCAAGCACAUUGACAUCCACCCAGAAAACACUCACAUCCUGGAUGGGAAUGCAGCUGACCUGCAGGCUGAGUGUGAUGCCUUUGAAGAGAAGAUCAAGGCUGCGGGCGGGAUUGAGCUGUUUGUUGGAGGCAUCGGCCCUGAUGGACACAUUGCCUUCAAUGAGCCGGGCUCCAGUCUGGUGUCUAGGACCCGUGUGAAGACGCUGGCCAUGGACACCAUCCUGGCCAACGCUAGGUUCUUCGAUGGAGAUCUUGCCAAGGUGCCCACUAUGGCCCUGACGGUGGGCGUGGGCACUGUCAUGGAUGCUAGAGAGGUGAUGAUCCUCAUCACAGGUGCUCACAAGGCAUUUGCUCUGUACAAGGCCAUCGAGGAGGGAGUGAACCACAUGUGGACCGUGUCUGCCUUCCAGCAGCAUCCCCGCACAGUGUUUGUGUGUGACGAGGAUGCUACCCUGGAGUUGAAAGUGAAGACCGUCAAGUAUUUCAAAGGUUUAAUGCUUGUUCAUAACAAAUUGGUGGACCCCUUGUACAGUAUCAAAGAGAAAGAAAUAGAGAAAAGCCAGUCUUCUAAGAAACCAUACAGUGAUUAGCCUGUGCUAAUCCUGGUAUCAAGUACCUCAUUGGGACAGGCAGAUCUUUCUGGAAAUUGUCUUUAGGAUGACAGAAUUGUAUUUCUUUAAUCUAGUAUGGUUACUCCAGAUAAGUGGGCGAACUGUUCUUGGCUAUGCAGCGUGGAGUUUGGUCAUGGAGUUUAGCUACUUGUUUGUAACUUACUCUUAAUCAGGAAAAAAAAAAUCCAUAAUUUUGAUGUCUGCCCCACUGACUAGGGGUUUUUAGCUUUUUGUUCUGUCUCUGACACUGUUCACAUGUAUACUACAUUCCCAUCAGUAAGCUCUACCAUGUGCACUGAUUCUCAACUGGGGAGGGAGUUAAGGGCUUAUAUAUAUUGGACAGAACCUCUUUGGAGAGUCUUGAAAGUCCCCCUUGAACAGACCUGCCCCUUAUUUGAGAAUCACUGUUUUAGAUUAAGGAAUAAACUAAAAUCAGUAUGAGGAAGCAGUCCCUUUGGUCAAUAACAGAGGCCAUGGGAAGGAAACUAUCCCUUCCUUUCUUUUCCCCCCACUCUUAGAGUUGGCCCUUCCUUGAACUCAGAGGACUCUGAGGGAGGAUUUGGGUGGGUGGGGCUAGAGAGAAGGCUUUCUCUGAUAAACUCAGAGCCUAAAGGGACCCACCCACAUCACACUCCCCUCCCACAGGGACCUUCCAGCACUGGAAGGCGGAACAUUUUCCCCACCAGAGUCCUGUGUUUUGUUCCAGAGUCUCACUGUGGAACCUCUCAUACACAUGGACGAGGUCCACAGGGGCAACAGACACUGUCAAAUUCAAAGCUGUAUUCAGCCAAGGUUAUGGGGCCAGGGCAAGCAGCUCAGUUGAAUUUAGAAACACACAAGUGACAUGUUCUACACCCCUAAGAGCUGAGUGCCAAAAACAUACCAACUUCUUUUGAAGUUGCCUAAUAUUCUUUCCCCACAUAAAACACCCUAUCCUAACCCUCGUGGGCUCCUGUGGCAUGGCCUCAUGUUUCCACAACAUCAGGAAACACAAUGCUUUUGCCCCUUUCUCCUUUGUUCCUUGAUCACAAAAUGAGUCUACUGCUCUUUCCUCUUACUUCUAUGCCUUGACGGUUUGGAUGCUGCCUCCUCCUCCCUGUUUUUGUGCCAGUUGGAAGCUGCUGCCACCUCUUUUCUGGGAAAGAUCUUUCAGAGCCUGGCUCAGGCCUCUCUUUAAGCGCUGUUUUUGGUACCAGUGUUUUACCUUUAGCUUUUAUACGUGAUUGUGCUGCCAUUCGGUUUUAAGCUAGUGGAUCAAUGGACUUGUUUACAAUGUGCUAUUUUCUAUUAAAUCCAGUAUUUUCAAGUAAAA